AUGAAAGUCUUCCUCUGUUUGCUGGCGCUGGGCGCAGUGGCCAAUGCGGGCUACAUUGGCGGUGGCGGUGGCGGCGGCGGCGGCGGUGGACAUGGACAUGGACAUGGCGACUCCGGCCCUGCACCCGAGGUCAAAGUCAUCAAAGUGAUUCAUGAAUCGGCACCUUCUCAGGGUGGCUGGCAAGCAGGCGGCGGCGGCGGCGGCGGAGGCUGGUCAGCAGGAGGUGGCGGCGGCGGCGGUUGGUCAGCAGGAGGAGGCGGCGGCGGCGGUGGCUAUGGUGGCGGGCAAGAGGUCAAGAUUAUCAAGAUUAUCUCACAGCAGUCUUCAGAUGGUGGCUACGGAGCUGGCUCAAGUGGCGGCUGGUCAGCAGGUGGCGGCGGCGGCGGCGGCUCUGGCUGGUCUGCUGGCGGUUCGGGCUCUUCGGGCUGGUCAUCUGGCGGUAGCGAUGCCACCGCAGCUGUCAAAAUCAUCAAAAUCAUCUCGGAAACCAGCUCAGACGCUGGCUCUGGUGAUGCCUCCGGCUGGUCAGCUGGCGGUGCAGGCAGCGGCGGCUGGGCUGCGGGUGGUCCUUCCAGCGGCGGCUGGUCAUCGGGCGCUCCUGCCAGCGAUGGCUGGUCCUCGCAGGGCGGCAGCGGCGGCGGCUGGUCCUCUCAGGGCGGCAACGGCGGCGGCUGGUCCUCGCAGGGCGGCAGCGGCGGCGGCGGCUGGUAAAAAAAGUUUCCACAACUCGUGAUAAGCUCAAAUCUCAUUCUGCCUCAUCUCAUGCUCAUUUCAUUAACUUGUUGUUUUUUG